AUGGCAGAAACGUUAGAAACUUUUAUAAAUGAUAGAGAGAAAGAUAUAUUUGAAACCUACAACAUACAAGAUAUUAAGAAUCUACGACGUAAACUUAAGCAAGAAAUUAAUAGCAAAAAUGAAGAUCUUAAGAAUAUUGUGGGAAAAAGAUAUCAAAAUUUACUGUUCACAGCUAACACAAUACAAAACUUAAGACAUAAAUCUGGCAAAAUUGUGACUUCAGUCAAUGAACUUGCAAUAAAAAUGCACAAUUUCUCUGAUUAUUCUAAAUUAUUUUUGGAGCAGAGUUCUAUUGAAAAUGAAAAUUGGAGAUUUAAAAAGAUUUCUCAAGAUAAUGAAUACCCAUUAACUUACUUUCUAAAAUUAUAUCUAGAAAUCCCUAUUUUUUGCAAUAACCUUCUAAGUGAAUUGCAUGACAAUAUCACAACCUUAUCAAAAAUUGAUAGUUGUAAUUUAGAAACUACAACCAUAUUAUAUAUAUUUGAAUGCUUUAUCUAUAAUGUCAUCAAAAAUUUUAUACAUAAACAAACAGAUGAUUCCAUUUUAAAGAUCAAAAAUUUGUUUUGUUUAUAUAAUAAUGCAAUUGAUAAUAUUUAUCACAAACUUUUAAGUGAGUCUCGACAUAUUUUAAAAAAUCCAGACAAAGAUGUGAGAAUUAUAAGAGAAACAUUUUUGAUUCAGAUGAUAUUAGUUCAGCAUCAAGAUUAUAUUAAAACAUUUGAACUAUUUCUCAUUGAUAGGAAAAGUUUUAUAUGUGAACUAUGCAAUGAUUCAUCUAACAUCACCGUAUCUUCAAAUAAUAAAAUUUCACAGGUUUUUGAAUGCAUUGUGAUGACUAUCCUACAAUCCUAUUCCAUUAUAUCAACAAAAUGUCAUUGUAUUUCCUCUUUCAAAAAUAUUCCAAGCAAUGAAAGCUUUAAGAGUGUUAAUCCAUUUGAAGAGAACAUCAAAGCUUGGCAAAAAUCGGCUUUCGAGGUUCUAAAUAUGCCAUGCACUGGGGAACUAUACCAGAAAUUUGAACAACAUCUUCUUGCAAAUCCUAAUAUCAGAAAGAAAAGUACCGAAAUUGAUAAUGAUGCUUCGCUAGACAAAGAAGAGACAACUUGCAAAGAUUUAAUCAUACAUUGGACCAAUAACUGCCUCAAUACUUACCCCGGCAUGGAGACUAUGUGGGGUCUUCUUAAAAUGGGCGCCACGAUUCCCAAACCGAUACUUUACAGUUCCAAUCUUAACCUGAUAUCUCGCUCGCUUUACGCCUGCUCUUACAUGACCAAUUCCCACGAAGUCAUUAUAAAUAAUGCCAAUGAGGAGGGGAUCAAUUUCUCUCUCAAUCCUUUACAUAAUGCUGGCUCCUUGAACCAUGAUAUUUGGUUGAAGGCUGUAGCUUAUUUCGAUUUAAGACCGCCACCCAUGUCUGGAGACGAGAAAGCGGAUACUCGGCCUAAGGAAUCGUAUUUGGAUAUGUGGAAACACGUGGGGAAACCCUUGAUUAUCCGCGAAUUCUACCGCCUCACCCAAAGCUUCCUGGAGGAAGAAAUAAAUGCCAUUAAACUGGCUAUAUCCGAUGCUUGCGCCGUUGACGAUAACGAUGUUAAUAAAGAUAAGGGGAAUACGGACUCUCCCGCUGACCUUGACCGUGGCGUUCUUUGCAAGAUGGAUACCACGAGCAUAAAUUCUAGUUUCUGGAACACCCUCAAGUUCAGCCACCUUCUUCUAAAGGAGCCAGAUGAAGGGCAGGACAGGGACGAUGACGACGAACCUCCAGAAGUGGGAGGCGAUAACUCUUCCAAAUGGUUCGUUUCUAGAAUAUUAUCCGACAUAUCCAACGUGUUCAAAACGGUCGUAACUAACAUUCUAACAUUUUUCCGCCCUCCGCCUUCCGCCCAUUCAGAUUACCCUUAUUUUGACGUUGAGACGGACUUGAAAACAGCUGUGCCCAGGAAUUUGAAUCAAAUUUUGGAGACUCAUUUAAAAAAAAUCAUAGACGCGAUAUUUCAGAUCUAUACAACCAAUCACGACAAGAUUUACCAAGAAACCGAAUCUUUCGUGAAUCUUACCACCGGCCGAAAUUUGUACAUAGUUUCCAACCUAGCCAGACUCAUGGAGACACUCUUAGAAUGCUCAAUCUUGAAAAAAUGCGGCGAUCCUGAGUAUAUACGCGAUCUGUUGACCAAAGGGAACUCUCUGAGAUCCAGAGAUGAUGCCUUAGCUAAAACCUAUCACGAACACCUGAUCAAGCAAUAUUUACGGGAUAUGUACACCCAUUGGACGUGUACUAACGUCGGUAACCUGGGCGCUUCUAUAAUGGAUCCCGUUGUAUUGACGGAUUUCUUCGAUUGUUCUGUAGUGAAGCAUAUUCCCGCGUGGGAUAAAAUUGAUAUAUCGGCUCAAACGGGACAAUUGACGCACGUGUUUGUACCGGCUUCCUGCAGUUUUUACGUUCACGCUUUACUCUAUUCCGCUAACCAGAGCCUCUUAAAUCAUUUCGGACAUUCUUAUUCUAAAACUCUGCUCAAGAUUUAUAUAAGCGAGCUACGCUCACGCGUCAUAUCGGUAAACGAACGCUUUAUCGGCAAAGCGUUACCGGAUUCAAAGGCCGAUAACCCCCACCAAACAUUUCCGCAAAAUAUCGCGUUACAAUGUUUGUUCGAUCUCCAGGUAGUGUCGCGUUUUUUAAAUUCCGCGCAUCAUUAUUCCCACGAUCCCUACGCUUCGAGUGAAGAUACGUCCUCUAGCGAAAGGAUUGGCAAAAUAGAGGUAGCCUUGUCUUCGCUAAUAGAUCCGUUCGAUUACCAACUCCUUCGUUCACACGUGGAGGCUAAUGUUCGCUCUUGCGUAAACAAAUUAUCGAGACUGUUCAGCAUUUUCGAGGUAAAAAUUCUGCCGACUCUUCCCCGAGAAAAAUUCGACGAGAACCAACGACCCCAUCUUAUACUGAAUACAGUAACCAGAUGCUAAAAUUUGAUACGAUUGGAAAACCGACAUAAUUUUUACGACGAUAUUUUAAUUAUAUUAAUUUUUAUCAUAUGUUUUUUCAUUUUAUUAUGAAAGUUGUUAAGAUUAAAAUUGUCCAAUGAAAAGUUGGGCGUUGUUAUUUCGUAUAUAAUAUUUACAAAAAAGAACAUAAUUUUUUUUAUGACUUUAUAAAUAAAUUAGUAAAAAUGCGAUAAUAAAUAAA